GUUUCAUUUCGGACAAUAAUACAGCGUAAGGCCGGAAACAUUAGACAGCGGAAAAGAAGCAAACUACAAAUUUUCAAAGUAGGCUAUUUCUGAGAUAACUAGUUAGCAGUCAUGUCGAGCACAGAUAUAUUUCAGACACAGUUAUCCCAAAUUAUGGGGUUAUUAGUAGAAUCAACAGUUAGCGAGAUGGGGCGACUUCUCGACGUGUGCGCUGCUGUUUUGGAGAAUAAAGACAAUCGUUUCCUGAAGAGUGAAAUGGAGCGUGUGAAUACAACCAACAAAAUAAAGUUUGCGUCAUUCAUGGAAGUGUUGAGUAAAAGCUCGAUGGAGAAAAUAUCAUUACUAAUGACUGUGGACGAGAUGGAGGUGAGAGCGGUGGAGAAGACUGGUGGAGAAGGCACAAGCGGUGGUGAAGCAGUAAAUUUGCUUAACCCAGAAGUAAAAUCACGUGUAAUUAUAAUCAGUCCAGGAGAUAUUAGAGAAGCAGUUGCGACUCAAAAAGGAGCCGUAAAGGAUGAGGGAUCUUCUGAGUCUGAUAGUCAGGAGGAGGACCAUGGCCUUGCCCCCUUGCCCUCACCUUCAUCAGACGAGGAAUGGCUCCCUGAGGUUGAUCCCAGCCAGGAUGAUGACUUUGACCCUCAGGCGCCAUCUGCAUCCAGGUUGAAGAUACCCAGAUCUGCAUCGGACCCAGACAAGCAAGAAGCAAGUAGGGAUGGAGAAGAUCAAGAUAUCCAAUGUGGGGAUUCUGCAGAUGCCGCCCACCAGGGGCCCCUCAUCUGUUCCCACUGUGGAAAAUGUUUCAAGGAGAAAUGGUAUCUGACGAGACACCUUCAGUCCCAUACAAAAUCCUACAGAUGCUCUCAUUGCGGGAAAGGUUUUAAUCUGGCUAAACAGCUAGCGAAACAUUCCAUUAAACACCAAGAGAACACCUUCAGUUGUACCGAUUGCGACGCAGUGUUUCGCCAGAAAUGUACUUUGCAGUCACACAAGAAACGUCACAAAAUGGAGAAAACGGUCACAUGCGCAGUUUGUGAAAAAAAGUUUCUAGGGGAAAGGCACAAGUGCAUUGUAAAGCGGAGGACAUUCAGCUGCUCUUCCUGCCCAAAGGUCUUAAAGACCAGAGAAGGAUUGUCUUAUCACCAGGGAACACACUCCGGGGAGAGAAAGUAUUGCUGUGAGACGUGCGGCAAAACGUUCUUCACCGCUGUGUCCUUAAAAACCCAUAUGAUGACUCAUAAAGAGAAGGAUCAUAGCUGUACUGUAUGUGGCCAACCAUUCAACAAUGGACACGCUCUCAGAAAGCACAUGGUAGCCAGCCACCCUGGAGAAACGCCAGAGAAACGCUUCGUCUGCGACGUGUGUGGCAAAUGUUUCGCCAAAAGAGACCAUCUGUAUAAACACAUGAGGAGACACAAGGAAGAAAAACCCUUUUCUUGUGACGUUUGUGGCAAAAAGUUUCAUUCUUCGGGUAAUUGCAAAAGACACGAGAUAACGCACACAGGUGAGAAACUAUAUCACUGUGACCUUUGUGGGAAAAGUUUUACCCAGUCCGGAACCCUAACCAUACAUAAACUAAACACCCACACAGACGGUGAAGAAAAGCCUUCAUUCAAGUGUGAGAUUUGUGGGGAAGUUUUUCCAAGACGUUAUACCCUAAAAAAUCAUAUGGUCACUCACACAGGGAAGAAACCAUGUCAAUGUAGCGUUUGUGGGAAAGGUUUCUUUAGCAAUCCUACUCUUAAAGCUCACAUGCUCAUUCACACAGGGGAGAAACCGUUUGAGUGUGAUCAAUGUGGGAAAAGGUUCACCCAGUCAAGUCAUCUAAAAUAUCACGAGCGGCAUGUGCACACUGGUGUCAAACCGUUCGUGUGCGACAUCUGUGGGAAGGCCUAUGCAAAUAGACAGAAUCUGAAACUCCACAAGUGCAGUGCUUCUGCUAAACGGUAGUAGUCUAGCGUCACAACUAGAUAAUUGUCACCCUGUCAAUGAGCAGUAUAUUUUUGAAUGAACCCAUUCCAUGCUCCUCCACGUGAAGGGGAAAAUACAAAAGAGAACUAACCAGGUUUCCAUCCAACCGUUUAAUGCGAUUUAAAGUGCAUGUGGGAUUAAAAAAAAACAAUGUAAUUAUGAAAUUUGCUGACAACAAAAUACGCUCGACAACGUCAGAUCUUUUUGUGUCUGUAAAAAUAUUUAUGCGGGAAAUUGUGGUGGAUAUGCCUCUUAUGCGCAAAUAUAUAUAUAUAUAUAUAUAUAUAUAUAUAUAUAUAUUUUUUUUAUCGAAGUAAACUUGGAGUCACGUGAUAUGUUGUGUGCUCCUCCCACUACGACUGGGUAAACCCACGCAGUUUAUUAGACUACAGAUGAAAUAAGUUCUGAACUUCACAGGCUGGUGAAAGAGCACGGUGAUGAGCUUGAUGCUCCUUUCCAAUAAAUAUUGAGUCUUAUUCUGGUGACAUGAUGAUCGAUGUUUGACUGCCGUUUUGAGCAAUAAAAAUUAUCUCACACUUUUUUUGUCCAUAAUAAUCUCAUGUAGGUAGUUUACCCGCACUGUAUCUGUGAGCUGGUGGCUAGAGCGCACAUGCCAUGACCAGAGUGGACACAUUCACUAUAGAACGCAAAACGUUGUGACAACCGUCAGCAGAGUUGAAAAGAAGAUGGAAUCCCAUUUACCUUGUUUUUUUUAUUAUUAUUUUUUAUUCCGUAACGUUACAUUGGAAUUUAACUGCAAAAGUUAUUAUGUGCACUGUGUCAUCACACACAUCCUUUAUCCUCAACAAGUCAAUUUAUGGAAACUCAUCCCAGGUGGGAAAAUAUGAUUGUUUUUAUUUCAGAUUUUAGAAUAGUCGCAAUUAAAAUCUGUCUCCAAUUGGAUGGAAACCUUGCUAUUUUAAGGGAAAUAAUCUGUGUAAAAAAAAUUGAUCUGCUUUGAGUGUUUUUAGUUAUGACUGGACUCGAGUCUGUGUCCUAGCACCAGACAGACCGUGCAGUGGCUAGCUCCAUCACAAUGUCCUUGUGAAUGUAUUGAUCCUGCUGCUUCUAAUUGGAGACCUUCAUAUUGUUUGGAGUCUGUUAUUGAUUGUCUACUCAUUAUCAAUCAAUAGACGAGCUCAUUUUCCAAUGUCAUCCGGUCACCAGGUCUUUAUGAAUUUUUUUUUUAACCUUAUUUGACCUUUUGCUUUGAUAUCUAGAUGAGAUCAAUGUUUCUCUGCUUUUUUAUUUUUUGUUGUUGUUGGCACUCAAAUGGCAGAGAAAUCAAGUGACAGAAUUUGUGAUUUUUACCCCCAGCAUAGUUGCUUUGGCUUUAAAUGCAAAUAUUCUGUAUUUAAAAAAAUACAAAUAAACAAAUUAGCCUCUG